GGAUCGUCCGCAGGAUUGGGACUGCUACAGAGGCCGCCACGGAGCCCGCCGGAGCCACCGUUCCUGCUGCUGCUGCCGCCGCUGCCCGAAUCGGAACUGUCGGGCCGCAGCCGCCGGCAAUGCCGCGAAGGAAGAGGAAUGCAGGCAGUAGUUCAGAUGGAACCGAAGAUUCCGAUUUUUCUACAGAUCUCGAGCACACAGACAGUUCAGAGAGUGACGGCACGUCCCGGCGAUCUGCCCGAGUCACCCGCUCCUCAGCCCGGCUGAGCCAGAGUUCCCAAGAUUCCAGCCCGGUUCGAAAUUUGCAAUCUUUUGGCACUGAGGAGCCUGCUUAUUCUACCAGAAGAGUGACCCGUAGUCAGCAGCAGCCUACCCCAGUGACUCCAAAAAAGUACCCCCUUCGGCAGACUCGUUCGUCUGGCUCAGAAACUGAGCAGGUGGUUGACUUUUCAGAUAGAGAAACUAAAAAUACAGCCGAUCAUGAUGAGUCUCCACCUCGAACUCCAACUGGAAACGCACCUUCUUCUGAGUCUGACAUCGACAUCUCCAGCCCUAAUGUGUCUCACGAUGAGAGCAUGGCCAAGGACAUGUCCCUGAAGGACUCAGGCAGUGAUCUCUCUCAUCGCCCCAAGCGUCGUCGCUUCCACGAAAGCUACAAUUUCAAUAUGAAAUGUCCUACUCCAGGCUGUAACUCUCUAGGACAUCUUACAGGAAAACAUGAGAGACAUUUCUCCAUCUCAGGAUGCCCGCUCUAUCAUAACCUGUCCGCUGAUGAGUGCAAGGUGAGAGCACAGAGCCGGGAUAAGCAGAUAGAAGAAAGGAUGCUGUCCCACAGGCAAGAUGACAACAACAGGCAUGCAACCAGGCACCAGGCACCAACAGAGAGGCAGCUGCGGUAUAAGGAAAAGGUGGCCGAACUCAGGAAGAAAAGGAAUUCUGGGCUGAGCAAAGAGCAGAAAGAGAAAUACAUGGAACACAGACAGACCUAUGGGAAUACUCGGGAACCUCUCUUGGAAAACCUGACUAGCGAAUAUGACUUGGAUCUUUUCCGAAGAGCGCAAGCCCGGGCUUCAGAGGAUUUGGAGAAGUUACGGCUGCAAGGCCAAAUCACAGAGGGGAGCAACAUGAUUAAAACAAUUGCUUUUGGUCGUUAUGAGCUCGAUACUUGGUACCAUUCUCCCUAUCCUGAAGAGUAUGCACGAUUGGGGCGUCUCUACAUGUGCGAAUUCUGUUUAAAAUACAUGAAGAGCCAAACGAUACUCCGCCGGCACAUGGCUAAAUGUGUGUGGAAACACCCACCCGGCGAUGAGAUCUAUCGCAAAGGCUCCGUCUCUGUGUUUGAAGUAGAUGGCAAGAAGAACAAGAUCUACUGCCAAAACCUGUGCCUGUUGGCCAAACUUUUUCUGGACCACAAGACAUUAUAUUACGAUGUGGAACCCUUCCUGUUUUAUGUUAUGACUGAAGCGGACAACACCGGCUGUCACCUGAUUGGAUAUUUUUCCAAGGAAAAGAAUUCAUUCCUCAACUACAAUGUGUCCUGUAUCCUUACCAUGCCUCAGUACAUGAGGCAGGGCUAUGGCAAGAUGCUCAUUGAUUUCAGUUAUUUGCUUUCCAAAGUGGAAGAAAAAGUUGGCUCCCCAGAACGUCCCCUCUCCGACCUGGGACUCAUAAGCUAUCGCAGUUACUGGAAAGAAGUGCUUCUCCGUUACCUGCAUAAUUUCCAAGGCAAAGAGAUUUCUAUCAAAGAAAUUAGCCAGGAGACAGCUGUGAAUCCUGUGGACAUUGUCAGCACUCUGCAAGCCCUUCAGAUGCUCAAGUACUGGAAAGGAAAACAUCUAGUUUUAAAGAGACAGGACCUGAUUGAUGAGUGGAUAGCCAAGGAGGCCAAAAGAUCCAACUCCAAUAAAACCAUGGAUCCGAGCUGUUUAAAAUGGACCCCUCCCAAGGGCACUUAAAGUGACCUGUUACUCUGAGCCAGCGAACCCCAGCAGUAGGAAUCCGUACCCUAGGGAUCUGUCUGUCAUUUCUGUUGCUCUUGUGAUUGGCAAGUACAGUAUCCUCUGGGAAGGCCACGCCCCUCAGGACUGUCCUGGCUCCGAGCCUCACGUACUCUGCAGACGCUGGUUCUGAGGAACUGUUGUUUCGGCCUCAGUGAGGUUGCCUGGAUGGGAUCUCUAGUAGACUUGAGCACAGAUCCCUCGUAGCACUGACCCAAGGUGUUCUGUUUGGUACUGUACCUGUCCAGUCACUGGUUCCCCUCGUGCCCUCUAGCCCCUUCAGGUUGUGUUGUGUCUCCCGAACUUUGUAAUAGUGCUUCUUGCUGCCCCGGUCACCAGACUUCCAAAUAACGGUUGUCGCCACCAGGACCUUUACAGUUACUCCUUAAAGUGUAUUUUUUUUUUUUUUUUUUUUGAAGAGCAGGGAAGAGGGAACGCUUGUGAGUGUGUGCCCACUCGGAGGGGUCCAUUCCCUUGGGAUUUUUAUCUCCCUUGCAGUUUUUUCCCCCCACCAUUUCUAUUGAAAGGUCUGGUUUUGGUCAGCAUCCAGCUGACCAGAGACCAGUAGUUUUUAACUUAGUAACAGUAUGUAAUUUAUCCGAAUGAAAUGGAGAAGGAGGGUCGAGAGGUGGUGAUUCUGUCCCUGGCGUUCACCUGCAGUGAACUUGCAGUGUCUCGGGGGAAGCCAAUGAGUGCUUCUUGCCUCCCCGGGAAGUGCCCAGUCCUGAAUGUAUUCUCCUCCCCUGACUCCCCGCCCCGUUUUAUGUACGUCUGUGAUUUUUUUUUUUUUUUUUUUUUUUGGCCUGGACAUCCCUGGAGAAGUAGGAAGUGACCGCGAGGGACUUCCGGAUCUCCUCUCAGCCCAUGACUCAGCUGGGCAGAGUGGCCACCCCCCUGCCAACGUUGGCUCCUCUUCGACAGUGCCUCACCCUCCCCUCUUGAACUGAAGCACUCCUGCCCUUCCAAGAACUCCUCCAUUUCCUUUUUUGGGGUCUGCCACCAUUCCUACCCAACCUCCCCCCCCCCCCCCCCCAUUCUCCGGUCUCCUAUUUUUGGUUUCAAGCAAAGGAAGAGAUGCUCCCUCUAAUUUCUGUCCGGCCCAUUAUAACCUGCUAUCUUGGGGCAGCUUUUGAUGUAGGACCCGCCACCCUUCCCAACUUGGUCGCCUCCAACACCGCUGUCUUCGUGUGGAGCCCUCCCCACAAUCCCGACUCUGGUCAUUUGUGCCUUUCUCCUGUCAUCUCUGUACACUACUUACACUCACUGUGGGUUGGGGGGAGCUAAUUUUAAGCAUGUUCAGUGGCAGCUCCCUGCCAGUUUCAGUGUCACUGUUAAAAGUUUAUCCAAAAGCAACUUCACUGGGGGUUUUCUUAAGGGGUAAAGGCCUUUUAUCGAAGCUAACCCUUCCCCACAUGUGGUAGAAUGUGCUGUUCUAUAUCUACUCCUCAAUAAAGCAUGUUCUCUGCUCAA